AAUACACCGGUGUCCUUCAUUAAGUGCAAUCAAGAGAGCAAUUUUGAAUCGGGUAGUCUGUCUUUAGGUCUGAAUUGCGUUCUCAAUUUUGAACUUUUGCAGCCUUCCAGUUCGGAAAAUAUAGGCUAAGCGUGUUCUUUUCCCUAAAUGAUCCAAAUGAUCUGUCUUGUAAUGCUUCGGCCUGGACAUAAGGCAACUGUUGGUUUUGUGGUGUUUUCCCUAAGCCUUUUUGUUGGUGUUGCUGGACUAUGCGACGUUUCACACUGUACCAAUACCAGCAACUGUAUUCUAUCUGCUGAUGGACAUAGCUGUAAGUGCGCCAUGGAAUAUUAUGGAGAUCUGUGUGACAAAGUUGCUUCGAUGAAAGUAAUGUGCGGAAAGAACUUCAUUAGCAUCACAGUCAUCGAGGAUUUUUUCAAGUAUUACAACGUGUCAGUGGAAUCUCUGCACUUGGCAAACAAAAGCUGCAGGGCACAUAAGGAAGUGAUCUCUGCUGUUCCACACUACAUAGUGCGAACGUCAAAAGACCAGUAUGCUGCCUGUGGAGGCAAACCUCUGGAGAAAAAUAUCACACACAUUGCAUAUUCCCUAACACUGAUGUCAGACCCAAAUGUACAUGAGAAUAUCAUCAGAGAUCCAACUGUGAAAAUUGAUUACACAUGUGUGUAUCCAUAUAUGCGAGCUGUCAGUCUACCCUUUCCCAUUCAUCCAUUCUCCAGUGAGACAGUGGUGCGGGUUGAUGAGUUGGAUGCGAAGGUUGAAAUGGCCUUGUUUAAAGACCACACCUUCACGGAUGCCUUCAGCAGUGCUCCGUCAAUUCACCUGAGGGACAAAGUGUAUGUGCAGGUGUCUGUCACAGAGCCCAAGGAUUUCUUCCUGCUGAACGUGAAUGAGUGUUGGGCUUCACAGUCACCAAAGCACAAUGAAACAACAGGCUUGACUCAUCCAUUGCUUCUGAAUGGGUGUGUCAAUGAUGAGACUGUAAUUUUUGAAACCGGGACUAUGAGUGAAAUGUUUGGAAAUGGCAAGAGUUCCACAGUUCGCUACUCCUUCAGUAUGUUCCGCUUUGUAGCUGAGCCGAGUGUUGUCUACCUCCACUGCAAGGUGCACAUUUGUGCUCCAGAUGAGGAUGAACCAUGCAGACCAAAAUGUAAAAGCAUCACUAAACGAGAAGCUACAAGGGAAGGCCCAACCCAAGGUCUUCUGUCUUAUGGGCCCAUUAAAAUUGACAAAACAGAAACUUCCACACAAAAAUCUAAGCUGGUGCUUAUGCUGAUGCUUCCUGUGGGUGCAGUCUGGGUCCUGGGUUUGUUUCUCUUAAUCCUCAUCACCUUUGCCCAGGCUGGAGCCAGAAGAGUGUCUUCAAUUUCAACUACAGAUGGCUGAAAUAAAAUAUGCAUUUACUUUUGCA